AGUCACAUUACGAAUUUCCGUGCAAACGUUAAUGAAUUGGUCCUCAAAGGUGAAAACGGAUUGGUCGAGAUACUUUUGGGCUCAUCUCUGAUUGGCCAAUGGAGCAGCUCCCGGCACCUGUCGCACCUGUCGCGCGACCUGAAGAAAGUUUGGCAGCAGUUGGAGAAGUUCAGCGUAGUGGGCUGGUCCAUUGUGUAGUCCUGGAGGGGGGGGAGCAGUGAAUUCCAGUUCUGAAUAUUCAGGAAGGAAAGUAAAAGCCGCCAGACGAGUCUCCACCUUUCUGAGGUGAGAAAUGGAGCGCUCCAGGAACUCUAUCCUCUUCGAAACGCUCUAACUUUGUAACUUAAAGCAAGUCAGGAAAAUGACAGUUUACUGUUAAAACAGUUGCAGCAGGAUAAGAGAGCUCAUUCGUUUUGUUUUCUCUUAAUAAAAACAAUGGCGUCGAGGGUGAAAGUAAACGGUAAUGAACUUUUAGAAGUUGACAUAUGUGACGGUGGCUUGCGCUCCGAGGAAGAGAGCGAGGUUUAUGCCCACUCUGCUGCCUCCCUGCAGGACGAUUUCUCUGGCUUUCAGCAGUGGACGAGCCCCACCGAGUCAUCGAAUGACACAUCAUCAUGUCCGGGAGAGCAGGAGGUGCCCAGAGAGCGUGGACAGCCGCCUGGCACCUUUACUGCCACCCAAAGGACCAACGCGGCCGGUGACAGCGACUCUGAAUCUGUGGGAGAUGCAGUCAGAACUCCGAGGGCUUCCAUAGUGGACUGUCUCCUGGUGGAGCUUUAUGAUACAUACAGCGGAGGCAGCAGGAGGAAUGCGGACAGCUGGGACAGCUCCACGGAGGCGUCCGGGUCCGAUGCCUUCCUGGGCCGCAGUAACUCCGGGUCCAGCUUCCUGCAGGAGUUGCAGGAGAAGCACACCAGGAGGCACCAGAUGAACUACCUGGCUCAGAAAGCCCCAGAGGAGCUGCAUUCAAUCAUCCAGGAGGUGAAAUAUCGUACAGGCCUUCAGUCGGCCAAGUUGAUUCGCCAGCUGAAGAGACGGGACCGACUUUGCCACAAACUGCAGAAGAACUACGACAUUAUCACAGCGUUUCUUCAGGCCGUGUCACAAAAACGACGGGUUGACACAAGGCUGAAGUUUACCAUUGAACCAUCUCUGGGAAAGAAUGGAUUUCAGCAGUGGUACGAUGCCCUCAAAGCUGUGGCAAGACUUCCAACUGGGAUACCAAAGGAAUGGAGGAACAGGGUUUGGCUAACCUUAGCAGACCAGUACCUCCACAGUAUCUCUAUUGACUGGGAGAAGACUCUUCGUUUUGCCUUUAAUGAACGUAGCAAUCCAGAUGAUGACUCCCUUGGGAUCCAGAUCGUCAAGGAUCUACACAGGACAGGCUGCAGCUCUUAUUGUGGCCAGGAAGGGGAACAAGACAGGGUGGUGCUGAAGAGGGUGCUUCUGGCAUACGCCCGCUGGAAUAAAACUGUGGGUUACUGCCAAGGAUUCAAUGUACUGGCUGCUCUUAUACUGGAGGUUACAGAAGGCAAUGAAAGUGAUGCACUGAAGGUGAUGAUCUAUCUUAUCGAUAAAGUGCUGCCUGACAGUUAUUUUGCCAACAACUUGCGAGCGUUAUCAGUGGACAUGGCGGUAUUCAGAGACCUGCUGCGUCUAAAGCUGCCGAGGCUUUCCCAGCACCUCCACCACCUUCAGAAAGCAGCCAACCGAGAGGCUGGAGGCAGCUACGAGCCUCCGCUGACCAACGUCUUCACUAUGCAGUGGUUUCUGACCAUGUUUGCCACCUGCCUGCCGGCACCCACCGUGCUGAAGAUCUGGGACUCUGUUUUCUUUGAGGGGUCAGAGGUGCUGUUUCGAGUUGGUCUCGCCAUCUGGGAGAGACUGGGAGAGAGGAUAGAGUACUGUCAGACAGCAGAUGAGUUUUACAGCACCAUGGGUUGUCUCACUCAAGAGAUGUUGGAGCACAACCUCAUCGAUCCUACAGAGCUCAUGCAGGAGGUUUACUCCAUGGCGGUGUUUCCCUUCCCUCAGCUAGCCGAGCUAAGAGAGAAAUACACCUACAACAUCACUCCGUUUCCUACGUCAGUGAAAUCCAAUGGAAGUAGUGGUCUGGGCAGCUGGGAGAGCGAUGAUGACGCCGACAUGGACGAUGAAGAUUCUGUGGUGACUGCGCUCGGCUGUCUGGGUCCCCUGGGUGGCCUACUGGCCCCCGAACUGCAGAGAUACCAGAAACAUCUCAAAGACCAGCGAGGCGAGCAGGGAAGCAUUGCAGAGCUGAGCCCCGGAGCAGUGGGAGGAGGAGGAGGAGGGGCUGGUAGUGGAGGAUCAGGAGGAGGAGGAGGUGCAAGGGCAGAGCAUCAAGCAGCCAUUAACGGCAUGAUGAUGGAGAGAAUGAGCACCGACAUCUACGCCCUGAAGAAGCAAUACGCACGCAUCAAACGACGGCAGCAGCAACAGGCUAUGCAACUCUACAUCCGCACAGGACCUGGACCUGUAGCGCCCACAAGUCCAGGGGUUCUUCAGGGGGCUUCCAGCAAACAGAGUGGCAGCACUACUGAGCAGCACACUGACGAUAAGUGUCCUGCCACGCGUGUCCUGGCCUCACAGCUCAACCCUUCCAGUUCAGUGAUAAACCAUCUGCUCCUGGGCCGAAAACCACGUGGAGGUGCUCGAGGCUACAGACCCACUUCUGCUACAACGUCCAUUUUACCAGGGGCCCGACCUAGUUCUCUGUUCCAGAGUCCGGUUCCUCCGGGUUCCCCAGCCAGGCAGCGCUGUAGCUCCCUGGCCUCAAAUAGCACUGGAUCUCCAGGAAGCUCCAGAGGAGGUGGAGGAUCACCUUGGCGUGCUCAUGUUCGGCAACAUCGGAGGAAUAUAGCUAGGGCUAGAGCUCAGCUGGGAUUUGGAGAUUCAGAGGACAGGGAAGAUGAAAAGGAGAAGGAAAAAAGAGAAUCAGCAAAGUUGGAGGCUGAGGAGCAGGAGGAGAAACAGAGUGAGGAAAAUAAAUGGGAUGAUGAGCAGAAAGAGGCGAGCGACUCUUUUAUACCUCUGUCUCCUGACUCCUCUGGUACGGGGUCAGCAUGUGAAGAGCCUUUACAGGGUUCAGAUGAGACUAAAGGAGCAGAAGUUGCAGAUGUGGUAGUGCAGCUGGACUCCCUGACUCUAGAGAGUGAAUCAAAUCAAAGUUCUCCCAACGACCAAAACCCAGAUACAGUACCCAAAUUACCAGAGUUUAAACCUGCACCCCAAGUCCCUCUCCUCCCUCCACCGCCAUCCUCCAUCAGACAUAAAGAGUCUGACUCAUCAGAAAGACACGCUGGCUCUGUCAGAUGCUUUUCUCCUCCUACUACUCCACCACCUCACCACUCCUCCAACUCCUGCAUCUCUUCUUCAUCACCUUCCACACCAAGCACACCCCACUCUCCAACAGCUCCUCCUUCUCUUGAUCAAUCUUCCUCAGAUUCUCCUACACUAACCUCCACUCCAAAACCCAACUCCACCUCCUCCUUACCACCUUCUUCAUCAGCUAAUUGCUUAUCUGCGCUCUCUCCUCCUGCUUCUUCCACCUUUUACAAAACCUCCUCCCCCUCUACCCCCUCCCUCUCCUCUAUCUCCUCAUCUUCUAGAUCCCAAGUCUCCUCUUCCCCGUCAACCCCGGGGCUCUCCUCCAUUCCUAAACACCAAGUCUUCUCCCCGUUCCCUUGUGUGAAGCAGCCCAGGAAGUCUGUCGCAGCCAGAAACCUGGGCCUCUAUGGUCCCACCUCCAGAACUCCCACCGUCCACUUCCCUCAGCUCAGCCGCAACCUCAACCGCAGUAGUGCAGCCGGACUGACUGGCAGGCGAUGAAAAGUCCUGACUGAACCAUGUUGCCUCCUGCAUAUUAGGGAAAACACUUAAUAAUAACCGACAGUAUAAGGUCUAAAAGAUUGAAACUCAGCUGUAGUUUAAGAAGUAACUAAGUGUUAACUUUUUUUGUUGGGGGGGGGAUUCCCACUGCAUUAGUACAUUUGAGGAGCUUGGGACAGCAUCCAGACCCUCACUGUGGCCUAUGCAGGUCAUUCUUGACCAUAAUGGAUUUAAAAAAAAAAAAAAAAAAAAAAACAACAAAAAAGAUUUCCAUGGGUAGAGGCUCCAUCUGUUAAGUGUAUACACAUCUCUUCAGUAGCAGCUUGUUCUCCUGGACUGAAACGUGAAGAUGCUGUGGUCAGAUUCUUCACUCUGGACUUCCUUGGACCAUAUUUACCAAUACAGUGGAGUAUCUUUUCCUAUGAGUUUGCACAAUAGCCAUCCAGUUGUUUCUAUGCCAAGUAUUUAAAAAUAAUAAGUACACACGAAACAUGACAUACCUAAGAAUUUCUGUAAUGGAGAAAUGAAAAGAACUGCCUAAUGAUGUCCUGAAGCACUUAACAUUUUUGUUGUAAUGUUAAAAUCUGUGCAUGUGUUUGUUUGUUUCUACCAGUCAUCAAGAAUGAAUGAAGAUCAGGGGCAUUUUUUCUUAGUUUGUUUUGAAGGCUGUGUAAAUGAAAUUAAUCUAAAUAUAAAAAGCAUUUGUUCUGAAACUGGUUACUGGAAUUGAUGAGCUCUUGUUUUACAGUAGUUCCAAAUGUGAUGAUUUAUAAGGCAAAGGCAGAAACACUUAUUGUGUCAGCACUUUGAAUUUUGUCAGUACAAGUAUUCAACCACAGGAAUGCUUUUCACUGGGCUUUUACUGCAAUGCAGCUGCCUAAAUAAAUGAGGAUUCCAGCAUGAGAAGCCACAGUACAGUUCUUAUGAUGUAUGCUUAUGACCUUUGAGAAUUUUGAAGUUCUAAUUCAGUUCAAGUCUCAGAAAUCAACCCGAUAAGUUGAUACAAGUCAGACUUAUACAAAUAAUCCAGACAGCAUUUACUGCAGUGUGACAAUCAUUACACCGCUUAAUAAUGCUGCAUCUGAAAGAGAAAAGGUUCUGAUAGCUUAUUUGUAAUUUAGCCAAAACUUAUAAAAUAUCCUCAGUUUUUGUGAAAUUGGUUUAUCUUGUGAAAUGAUUCUGGUUCCUUUCACGUAUUUAUGCACAUAUUAUUCAUUUUAUAUCGGUUUAUGACAAAACUGCCAAAUUCACAGACUUGUACUGCACUUCACUUGACAUAAAGACAUCCAGUUGUUCUGAAUCUCUUAUCUUGGAUUUUCUGAGGAAUAUUUUUCAUUGAGGCUUUCACAAGACUUAUUCAAAGUUCAGAAGUGCAUAUAUCUAUUAAGUGCUUGAAUUUGUUACCCCCUGCCUGAUUUAUUGGCUGAGUUUUAUUGUGGCUUAGAUUGGAAACAUUGGGAGACGGACGUGUUUGUCAGCCUGAAUGCAUUUUAGAUGCUGCUGCUUGCAUCCUGAGGUAUUAUUAGUUCAGCUGAUGCCUUCAGAAACACUGCAUUAUCCAGCUAAUAGCCUGUAACAGCACCAUCUAUAAAACUCACAUGCCCCAAUUGUCUCAUGAAUUCAAGAAAAUAGGAAAUGAUGUAUGCUUGCAGUCAGGUGAAUGUUGUGUGCUUCUGUUUUUCAUGCAUUAUCCAAGUUGGCCCAGAGGAGCACACUUUUUCUUUCAUGGCGCAACUUUAAAAAUAAACUUUUGCUUUUGUGAUUUUAAAUAAAUAGCUUGCUAUGCUUAGCUAACAUUUAAUUUAGCUAAGCCUACGCAUUUAAUUUCAAAUGUAACAAAAAGAACAAAAAGUGAGCUGGUUACGAAUGUAGGACAAACAGCUGCACUAUGAUGUAAUAUGUGGAGAAGGAUUCGUCAUUAAAUGUGAUACGUUUAGCUCAGUCUAAAGCUGAGCUGCAGAAGAGCUGGCUUUAGAGCUUUAGGUUUCUCUCAUUUUCUUAUUUUUAAAUCUUCAUUGAUGGAAGUUGUGCGUUGCACAGGGGGACAGAUAAGAAAAAAGCCGUUAAAGCAAGCUGUUUUUAGCAUUCCCACUCCAUCUUGUGCACAAUCUCUUGGUUUGGGUGGUUGAUACUAGGAAUUUAAACUCAUCUGCCUUCACUGUCUUUACUCCUUGCAGCUUCAUCAUUCCACCUCUCAUUCACACACAUGUAUUCUGUCUCACUUAUGUUCCUCUUUAUUCCAGCGCAUACCUCCACCUCUUCAGCCUCUUUUACAGCUGUUCUCUACUCUCAAUAAAGAUCAGUCUUGUCUGCAAUCAUCAUAGACCAUGCAUACUCUUGCCUGAACUCAUCUGUCAACCCGUCCAUUACUGUUGGAAGCAAAAAGGGCCUAUCUUGAACGUCUCUGUCACUUCUGCCAAAAACGUUCCCAUAUCUUCAUCACUUUUAUAGCCCCUCACUUCCUCCUUACCAAUCCUCUUCCUUCAUCUAUCUUCUUCUUUAAUUUUCUUCAGUAAUCCGCUCCUUAAAGUACUCCUUCCAACUUAACACACUGUUAAUUCAUUUAGUAUGUUUCUGUCUCUAUCCUCAUCCUAACCUGCUGCAUAUCCUUUCUAGUGUGAUCUCUCUCUGCCUAGAAGUAAAAGUCUUUUUCUCCUUCUUUAUUGUCCAGCCUCACACACAGCUGCUGUUUUUAUCCAUAGUUGCAGAAAUUUGUGAAAUUGUUAGCAUAGUUAAGCAAAUCCAGUAAUCCACUGGAGACGCAUGGAUUGUUUUCCCUACUGAAAUUUAAGUCUGAGCACCUGUCUGGGACCACAGGUGUGAUCCAGAGUUCAUCAGUUAAUUCAUUUAGUAUGUUUCUGUCUCUAUCCUCAUCCUAACCUGCUUCACAUCCUUUCUAGUGAGAUCUCUCCAUGAUCUCUCUUUAUCUCAUUUAAAACUUCAUUUGAGUUUAUUUUCUCAUUUAAGUGUAAGGGGGGAAAAAGCAUUUGGCACAGCUGCUGUAUCUGGUUUCCACGGUCACAUUUUAAAAUCAUGAGUCUUUGCCGUAGUAUCACGAAAACAUCUGUCAUUUCUGCAUAGCAUGUCAUUUUCCCCCUGAUUCUCUUGCCAACAAAAACACUGUAUUUGGUUUCAUGUGACGCAGCAGCUGUGUGUCGUAUGUUGUGUAUGAUGUGUUAAAGGGAUAUGUUACCACGUACUGUACACCAAACUAUCCUCAGUUACUGUAAAGAGUUUUGAUGUAGUGUAAUUUACACACUCCAAAUAAAGAAGUACUGCGAGAA